UCCAACCUAAAAACUUUUAUUAUUGUUUACUUUUUACUUACGUUUACUCACGUUUAUUGAGAAUCGUCUCAGGUUUGUUAAUUUAUUUUAAAGAUAAGUAAAUUUUAAUAAAUAAAAUGGGUAGAAGUCGGACACCAUCCCCGAGAAGAAGAGAUCGUUCGAGAGAUCGUUCACGUGAACGGGACAGAGACAGACGGAGAAGACGUUCUAGAGAACGUCGUCGCAGGUCUGUUGAAAGAGAUAGAGUUAAAUCAAGAGAUCGUGAUCGUGAACGUGAAAGACACAGAAGAUCUUACAGUAGGUCCAGGUCUCGUGAUCGUGACCGUCCUAAACCCAAGCAUAAAACUGUAGCUGCUGAGCGGCCAAAUAUAUCUGAGGCUGACUUACAAGGAAAAACUCCAGAAGAGCAAGAUAUGAUGAAAAUAAUGGGUUUCUGCGGCUUCGACUCGACAAAAGGAAAAAAAGUCGAAGGUAACGAUGCCGGUGCAGUCCACGUCAUCUUAAAAAGAAAAUACCGUCAAUACAUGAACCGCAAAGGAGGAUUCAACAGACCACUUGAUUUCGUUGCUUAAAAAUUCAUCUUUUAAUCUCAAUCUUCAACAUCAUCAUAAUUAAUAAAUUCAAUAUAGUAACAGUACAAAAAUAUUGUGAAAAAUCAGAACAUGAACACUUACAAAAAAUCAUUAAUUUAAAUAUUUUUAUCAAUA